AUGGACGCGAGGCCGCAACGAGGAAUACGUCCUCUUCGUCUUCAAGGCGAUGAGAACGCUGCUCCAGUCACCACCAAGCAGACCCUUCACUCUCGACACAAGUCAACAGGAACUCUAUCGAACAUGCUGGCUGUCGGCGGACUGAAGGCUGCUGCCAAAAGAACUGCCUUUGGGGAUGUCAGCAAUACUGUGAAGAGUAUCGCCGUUCACGACGACUCGUCUGCCGGAGGAAAGCAAGGCAAGGUGGAGUUGGUCAAGCCUGUGGCACAUCCAGAGAAGCCAGCUGCUUUGUUGAGGCCAGCACAGAGAUCUCUUAAUGUCGUAGCGGCAAAAGGGAUUACAAAUGUUGCGAUCCUUCAGCCUGAGCCAAUUCUUGCUCCAAUACCGACCAAGGCACCACUUGGAGAAUCGCGAGCACACGCGCCUCCUCCAGCCAAACGUACAUUAUCCAAGAAGUCCACAAUCAUAUACAAGGACAGCGAGGCUGAGGCAAAACCGCGUCCUGCUACUAGUCAUAUACCUAAACAAGAAUCAGCUUUAAGCGCACCUGUCCACAAGACCCACGAACCUCGCCAUCACAAGUCUCAACCUCAACUGAACUCCGAGCAACCAGCUCUUCGCCAUGAUCAAAGCAAGCCAACAUUCAACGAUGUACCUGAUUCCUACGCUGGUAUCAUAACCAGCGACCCUUUGUACGAAGAUGCUGAGGAGGAGGUUGACAUUAAUUCUGGCGAGAGCAAUGAGAAAUAUGUUGAAUUGGCCGAGCAAAAGCAUGAACAUGAGUCCGUGUACGAGACUUCAGCACCACUGAAUGAUGGUGCUGAUAGACUCCAUCGUCAACUGCCCGCACCACCACAUUUACAGGAACCAGAGGAGUACUGGGAGGAUGAGGAAGAGAUGUAUGACGAACAGGGUUAUACAACUGCGCAUUCCUUCAAAUCUCGAGGCGAUAAUACCACAGGGGGUGCUACCACCGGUGCCAUUCUUCUUCCAAAGGUCACUGCCAGGUCGAAGAAAGAGAUUGCCGCUGCCGCAGAAUUGGUUGAAGGUUCAAGAACCCAAGAGGAUAUCGAGGAUGAAGCUUGGGAUACCAGCAUGGUGGCCGAGUAUGGAGACGAGAUCUUUGCUUACAUGCGAGAGCUUGAGAUCAAGAUGCUUCCCAACCCAAACUACAUGGACAACCAAUCCGAGAUUCAAUGGUCGAUGCGCUCCGUACUGAUGGAUUGGUUGAUCCAAGUGCAUCAUCGCUUCUCUCUUCUACCAGAGACUCUGUUCCUCUGUGUCAACUACAUUGACAGAUUUCUCUCAUGUAAAAUCGUUUCGCUUGGCAAACUUCAAUUGGUCGGUGCGACAGCCAUAUUCGUCGCCGCCAAAUACGAAGAAAUAAACUGCCCAGCAGUCAGCGAGAUUGUGUACAUGGUUGAUGGUGGGUAUACGGUGGACGAGAUAUUGAAGGCAGAACGCUUCAUGUUGAGCAUGUUGCAAUUCGAACUUGGCUGGCCAGGGCCAAUGAGCUUCCUCCGAAGAAUCAGCAAGGCCGAUGACUAUGAUCUGGAAACGAGAACUCUGGCGAAAUAUUUCCUAGAGGUUACCAUCAUGGAUGAGCGUUUUGUCGGAUGCCCACCUAGCUAUGUUGCCGCAGGUGCUCACUGUUUUGCCCGGAUGGCUUUGAAGAAGGGAGACUGGAGUCCUUCUCACAUUCACUACUCUGGCUAUACAUGGCAGCAGUUACGGCCUUUGGUAUCAGCGAUGCUAGAGUGCUGCGAAAAUCCUGAAAAGCACCACUCGGCCGUGUUCGAAAAAUACUCUGAUCGUCGCUACAAACGUGCUUCACACUUCGUCCAAGGCGAGAUGAAGAGAGGAUUUACUCUCCCUUCCGUUCAACUUUCCAACUCGAGACCGUCUCUUCCAUCUCUUGAAGACAUUGCCGCUCAUAUGCCUUACGAAACACGAGACUCUUUCAAGCGCACCGUCCAACUCAAGGAAUGUGUUGUAUAG